UAUUAAUUAUGGUUUUUUGUCGGACACUUUUUGGUAUAUGGAGAUUCCAUUCCUUAACUCUACCUUCCAUAUAUUUGAUUCAUGACUUUGACGUUUGUGUUGUGCUGCCAAUUACUGCCAAUGUUAAAUGCUAAUGUAGAAUAGAAAUCACAAGACCGAUUAUCGUAAUUACUCAUUAUUUAUGUUUCACCCAGUGACCUCAGUGAGUCAGCUAUAUGCUUAUCCUCAAUACGUUCACGAUACUUCUACAAGUGGCGUUCAUUGUGUUUAUGUCACUGCUUUCUAUGAACAUUAUCCGUCACUUCACUAGCGCGAGGAGAAUGGCUUUGAUCGCUCCAGCCCUGUUCGUGAACCAUGGAGGCGGACCCAUGCCGCUUUUGGGGGACAAGGAUCACGCAGGUCUUACGAACUUUCUCAGAGACGGUCUGAAGAAACAUGUGGACUUUAAAAACGUUAAGGCGAUUAUUUUAGUGACCGCGCAUUGGGAAGAGAAUAAGGUGACUAUAUCUUCUGGUAAUCAUCAUGAUUUAUACUUCGAUUACUAUGGUUUUCCACCAGAAUCAUACAAGUAUAGGUAUGAUGCGCCUGGCGAUCCGAAGUUAGCUGCGCGCAUUCACGAAACAUUGAAGAAAAGCGGUAUAGACUCGCGUCUUGAUCCUUCGCGAGGCUGGGACCAUGGAGUCUUUGUCCCAAUGAUUUUAAUCAACCCUGAUGCUAACAUACCUAUAAUACAGGUAUCUGUGCUAAGCAAUCAAGAUCCGGAGCAGCAUUACAAGCUUGGCCAGGCUUUGCAUCAAUUCAGAAAGGAAGGUGUUGCUAUAAUUGGUUCUGGAAUGUCAUACCAUAAUAUGAGAGAGUUUUUUAACAGUCGUAAAGCAGGUAGAGUUAUAAAUAAAGAGUUUGAUGACUAUUUGAAUGAUGUAUGUACAGCAGAGGAGGAAAAAAGGAAAGAGGGGUUGAUAUCGUGGAGAGAGGCAACAGGGGCGAAUGACGCUCAUCCCCCGCGCGCAGCGGAGCAUUUUAUGCCCCUUGUUGUGAUAGCGGGAGCCGGAGGCUCCAAGCCUGGUGAGAGGAUUUUCAAUUGGGACAUGAGUGGUGUCUUCAGGUUAAGUGCUUUUAUAUGGAAGGAGGAGUAAACAUGGUAUUCUGUUCCUAACAUGUUUAGGAUUAGGUCAAAAGUAUGUUUAAUUGCAAGAUAAACUAACUGCCCCACUUAAAAUACUCUUUCACAUAUUAUCAAUAACUAUAAUUUAACACAUUCGCUACCAAUGUUUUCGUAGUGCUACGCUCGUAGCCAAUGCCAGAGUUUUCCUGCUGUGUAGAGGAAAGCAACUACAACCAGAGAACCCGCCGAGCGGGUUCCCGGUACUCAAUGUGAUAAUUAAUUAUUUAAAAACCCCUAUGCUAAUCAUAAGAUUUUAAACCAUUUUAUGAUAAUGGCUUACAUUGUAUCAUUUUGGAAAAGAGCUGAUACUCUUCAAACUGCUGGAUUGUUUUUAUGAAAUAUUUUUUGAUGUGUGUUUUUCAAGUAGUCACACUACUAUACAAUGGGUCUCUACCCUCUGGACAUAAAUGAAUAGGACGUGUCGAUUAGGGUAUUUCUAACCUAUGUACAAAGUCUCAUUCCAAACGCUGUAUUAACAGAGAAAUUAAUGAUUUAAUACUUCGCAACAGCCUGUAUUUAGAUGCAAUUAAAGAGUAUUGUCAUGAAAAUUGGUCCAUCCGUUUGAGAGCUAUGAUGCCACUCUCUUUUUGCGUCGAGGAUUUAAAAAGCUAAAGUAUUAUUUUGUAGACCUUUAUAAUUUAGGGCCCUAUGUGUACCUUGCAUGUUUUAAUUGUGAUUUGCCCCUUAGAAAAAAAAUACUUGAUUUAACACACUCAAUGCAAGAAUACACAUUUAUUACAUGUGUCAAUUUUUUUACACAUUUUUACGAGUAUGCACCGAUACAUCAUGUUCACUUCAAUGUUUUACAUCAAUUGUCCCUUAUAGCAUAUUUAUCAGAGGUACAUAUGCUUUAUAUUGUACAAGCUGCUAAAUUACAUGGACACAUGAACGAAAUUAACUCAUGAAAUGGCCAAAUUGGUCAUGGGCUUUUGUAGCUCACUGCACAUGAGGAGGUGGCCAGAUGGUAGCCAACAAAGCUGCCAAGGUAAUUUUGCUAGAUUCCAAUCCGGAUGCUUAAAUGACUGUGAUCUUGCCAGGUGAUUAAGAGAACCAAAAGUAUACUUUGUGAUUAAAAUUUAAAGCAAUAAUCUUUUGCUAAUUCCUACAACAAAUUAGAAAAUUAAAAAGACUGGUAUGUGACUGAAGUUUUAAACUAAAAAGCAGUACAUUUUAUUGAUGCUUGCCUGCUUUUAAUUCAGUUGCGGGGCAAGACCAAAGUUUUGUGUGGGCAAGGUACAUUUAGCGAGGCCCUCUGGUGGCGCAAAAAAGAACGAAUUUCUACGUUGCGUCCGAGUUUACGUAUUUGAGGCGUGGGGACCGCAAGGGCCUGUUUUUACUGGCCUGGGUUAUUAAUUAUUGUUAAAUUUGGGAUUACUAAUACGUUGAUACUCGAAUCAAUUUGAUAAUUGUGCUAAUAUCUACUAAACCCGAAGCACUUAAAUACCUUCAAUAAAAGAGCUUACCCCCAUGUUAAACGUACUUACGACCCCUCUGGUUUUGUAUUGGCAAUGGGCGAUGGUAAUUGCUUGUCAUCAAGCAAAUUCUCUGCUAGUGCAUCCUUCUAUAUCAUAAAAAUACUGCAAGCUCCAACAGUUAGUAAGGCAUGUUGCUACUUGACACCAGAUGCCAUGAGUGUCGCGACUGAAGAAAAGAGUAUUGGUCAACAAUUUACAACUAAUAUUACAAACAGGAGUUGAAAAUAGAGUUCCGGUUAUAAUAUUAGCUGAAAAUUGUUGAACAUUAGACUUAGUUCAUCGCUACCUCUAUUGUCCAGUAGCAGUACUGAUCAAUCAGCUACUUUACGCUAGAUGGCGACUACGAAAAUAAUAAGCGUUUUGGUAAAAAAACUGAUGUAUGGAGUAAGCACUAUAUGCUUACUUAUUCUCUAUGCAUUGUCUAAAGUAGAAAGUGCUUCUAGUUUACUAGAUAUUUUCGAAAUUACCUCACGUACAAACUUAUCCCAAAUGCACCUUAGGUAUAAAUCUAGCUACAAUUAUUUUAAACUUUAUAAAAAAACAUAAACUUGGGCUUGGGACAUCUGUAUUUAUAAGACAAUAACUAUGAAAUUACUUAAUAUAAUAUCACAAGACACUAUGAGAUUUAUGUUUACUUAUUAUUGACUUCUUGUAAAUGAGCAUAAUAGGUUUUCAGAAAUAAGUGUAUGAAUAGGCGAGGCGAUUUACUCACGCGUAUGCUCGUUCUGUGUGUACCCGCCUAAUUACCUUUUUUCAAAAAACGAAUAACUCUUAGGUUAUUUCGAUUCAGAAUCACGAUGCUUGUUGAUUAAAACAUUAGUUAUUUACGAUACAAGUGCGGAAAGUAGGAAAUUCGCAACGAGUGGAGAUUAAAUAAAACACGACCGACACAACACGACGAGAUCGAAUUACCUAUUCGCACGUGUAUUGUACAACGUUUUA